UUUCGUGUAAAAUUGAUCAACAAACUGUUAUCAACAAAAACAAACUAAAAUCAGCUGAUCGCAACAAUCUCGUCAACAGUGCAUUAUGCUUUGAUCGCUUUGAUCCACAUAAUUGUGUAAUGCUAGGUUUAUUUUGUUAUUAUAGCUAGUAGUGCAAAAAAUUGGUUGACUGAGUCAUUUUCGAGAUUUGAGUAUUUGAAUAUGCUCAUGAAAAACUUGCUGUUAUCGAUAAGAGCGAGACGAUGUUCUACGUUAAGUUAUGUACAAGGGCAGUCACCCGCAAAAAAUGUACGUGAAUAUUUUUACUACAUCGACCAUGAGGGAAUGCUCUUUCUAGACGAUGCACGCAUAAAAAAUUUUACAUCAUGUUUCAAAGAGAAAAAGUUUCUAGAAUUUUUUUUCAAACGGCUGCGCCUUAACGAUAGUGACCGCUACCGAGAACACUUCCCCUUUGUGUCACCUUGUGGUCGCGAGCGCAAUUACGUGCGAUGUGACGAUGUUCCUAUCGUGUUCAGCCACAUUUUUCAAGAUACAAAGAACAACGAUUGCUUGUCUUACGCACAUGCUGAUGAACUUUUGUCUGUACCUUGGGAACCUAACCGAAUAUGCAUGUUUCCAAUCAGUGGUCGCGUAUACCACCCGGCACCAGAAAGGUAUGGAUCUAUUGGGCUGGUUAGGUCGAAGCUAGCGAUCGAACUGAGUAAACAUUUUACUUUCUCCGAGGGAGAAGAAAAACCUCCUACAUAUUUCAGCUGGAAUGGGGUCCAGUUCGAAUUGGACAGGGACUGGUGGAAAAACACAUAUAUUGGCAGAAGAGCAUACAAGUUAGAAUAAGAUUUUAGGUCAAAUAAACAGCUUUGCUGAUU